ACGCCAACGACAAUUCUCUUGCGCUCGAAUCAGAGCCUGUAAAUGCGAUCACAACACUCACCCAGUCAUUCCUUUCACAGUCCGUCACAGUGUGUUGCGGGAACGUACUUACGACACUUGUACAAGUCCUUGCCUUCGUAACCAAAUGAACACAUAACCUAGAAUUCCCAGCUGAUAUUUGGGAGAACGAGUGCUUGUUCACCGUUGGGGUCUGUGAUCUUGUGUUUGCCGGCAUUGUGUAGAAACAUCAAAAAGUCCCCGUUGACGCACCUAUAAGCCGCCAUGGAUCUGGUCAAUCAUCUGAACGACCGCCUGUUGUUCGCAGUACCAAAGAAAGGCAGAUUACAGCAAGCAUGUCUUGAUCUGCUCACUGGCUCGGACAUCAAAUUCCAUCGGCACAACAGACUAGACAUUGCACUUGUUCAGAAUCUCCCCUUGGCCCUGGUCUUCCUUCCCGCAGCCGACAUUCCAAUCUUCGUAGGCGAAGGUAGCGUCGACUUGGGCAUCACCGGACGGGACACAGUUGCCGAACAUGAGGCCACCGUACCACCCACGGAGACUAGCGGCACCGUCGAGAUUAUGGAUCUCGGCUUCGGUGCGUGUAAGCUGCAGGUACAGGUGCCAGAGAAGGGAAGCAUCGAGAAGCCGGAGCAGCUGAUCGGCAAGAAGAUUGCCACUAGCUUUACUGCGCUUUCCCAGAGCUACUUCCGUAAUCUGGAAAGUCAGGGUAGCAAUUCGCAUGCGCAACCCAACGGUGACGCAGCUCACGGAGGCCUACGGACUCAGAUCACGACGUUAAGCGGCAGCGUCGAGGCUGCGUGCGCUCUGGGAGUCGCAGAUGGUAUCGUAGAUCUUGUUGAAUCCGGCGAGACCAUGAAAGCCGCUGGUCUGAAAGCCAUCGCAACCGUUGUCUCAUCCUCCGCCAUCCUCAUUAAGUCCAAGCACCCCUCAAACCCAAAGCUGGUUGAUAUCAUCACGGCUCGGAUCAAGGGCGUCAUAACCGCUCAGCGCUACGUACUCUGUACAUACAAUGUAGAGCGGCGACUACUGCAUCAAGCAUCGCAGAUCACGCCCGGUAAGCGGGCGCCGACGGUCAACAGUCUAGAGGAAGACGACUGGGUUGCUGUCCAAGCGAUGGUGGAGCGAAGUAAGAUUGCUGAGGUCAUGGAUGAUCUAGCGGCGCUGGGGGCUACUGACAUCUUGGUGACAAAGCUUGAGAACUCGAGAACGACAUGAGCAAAGCAUAGACAUAGAUCGUAGCCCUUUGGGCUUUCGUGGCCAAGCUCAUCUAACAAGGGGACCCUUUACGUUGCCGGAUGCCUCUCGAGUAACGGUGAACCAACCUCGUCAUUUAUGGCCAUGACCAAGUGUCCAGUGCGUUCACUUUCGCGGCAUGCUGGUAGACUAGCGGCUGAGCUUCUGGACUAUCGUUCGUGUGUCAGCACAUGAUGUACACGUAACUGCGGGUUGCGGUGCUUACUCAUCGAGGUAGAUUGUGAAACCAUCAUCAUUGUUCCGCCCAUACGAGUAAUUGG